GUCAGCACAGCGCGCCCUCUGUUCUCCUUCUUCGUGUAUUUGUCAUGUGAUGUGGAGAGUAGAUCGUUUCAUGUGAAAAAAAAUAUACUUAAAUUAAUCACAGGACACUCGACGUUUAACAUCGCUCGCCAGGAUGGUACUCAUCGCUGCUGCGGUAUGCACCAAGGCAGGAAAGACCAUCAUUUCUCGACAGUUUGUCGAUAUGACGAAGGCAAGAAUAGAAGGCUUACUUGCUGCAUUUCCAAAAUUGAUGAGCUCGGGUAAGCAGCAUACAUUUGUAGAGACUGAAUCCGUCAGAUAUGUGUAUCAGCCUCUGGAGAAAGUAUACAUGCUGCUCAUCACCACUAAGGCCAGCAAUAUCUUAGAGGACUUGGAAACCUUGAGGCUUUUCGCAAGAGUACUGCCAGAAUAUUGCAACUCAAUGGACGAAGUUGAAAUAGCAGAGAAUGCAUUCAACUUGAUAUUUGCAUUUGACGAGAUCAUUACAUUGGGCUAUAGGGAGAGCGUCAAUUUGGCGUUAAUCAGGACCUUUGUAGAGAUGGACUCGCACGAAGAAAAGGUUUACCAAGCAGUCAGGAUGACGCAAGAGCGCGAGGCUAAAAACAAAAUGCGUGAGAAGGCCAAGGAAUUGCAGAGACAACGAAUGGAGGCUAACAAGAAGAGCGUCAAAAGUCCCGGAUUUGGCGGAGGAUACGGGAGCGGUGGCGUACCAGCUGCCGCGACUGUUGGUGAUUCGGCAAACUUUGUCCCUGAGCCAAUUAGACCUUCUUACAAGCCCAAACAGAAACCGUCGGUCAACGCUGGACCGGGUGCCAUGAAAUUGGGCGGCAAAUCUCGUGACGUGGACUCCUUCGUUGAUCAAUUAAAGGAGGAGGGGGAAAUCGUUAUGCCAGGAGUGCUAGCUGCUUCUGGAGCGAAACUGGCGCCGAUUACGCCGCAAAUGAUCAUUACGGAAUUGGUUCACUUGAGGCAAGAGGAAAGACUUAAUGUGCGCGUCGGUCGGGACGGAGGCUUGCAGCACUUUGAGUUGCAUGGUCUGGUGACCUUACAUAUCUUCGACGAGAAGUGGGGACGCAUUCGUGUGCAACUUGAGAACAGAGACACGAGAGGCAUUCAGCUGCAAACCCAUCCGAAUGUAGACAAGGAAUUGUUCAGAGCACGCGGGCAGAUUGGCCUGAAGGUGCCCACGAAACCGUUCCCAUUGAACACUGACGUCGGUGUCCUCAAGUGGCGUUUGCAGGCGCAGGAUGAAACAGCAUUGCCAAUCUCGAUAAAUUGCUGGCCUUCCGAGAACGGAGAGGGUGGUUGCGACGUGAAUAUAGAGUACGAGCUGGAACAGGCCGAUCUUGAGUUAAAUGACGUCCAAAUAAACAUUCCUCUGCCUAUGGGGUGCAAUCCUAUUGUUGGCGAAUGCGAUGGACAGUACGUACACGAAGCGCGGCGAAACACAUUAGUCUGGUCCCUACCGUUGAUCGACGCUUCGACAAAGUCUGGCUCGAUGGAAUUCUCAGCACCCUCUUCAAAUCCUGCGGACUUUUUCCCACUUCAUGUUUCUUUUUCAUCUAAAACGCCGUAUGCCAAAAUUAAGGUUAGCGAGGUCUUGCUCGUAGAAGAUGAGAGCCCUGUUAAGCAUUCGGUAGAAACAGUGUUCUUCACUGAUAAUUAUGAGGUCGUAUAAAACACAGUGAAUAAGAUAGAUGAAGUAUUUGAGGAAGAAGAAAAUAAAAAUACGGAAAGAGCGGGAGAAGAGAGGGGGGGAGAGAGAGAGAGAGAGAGAGAGAAAGAGAGAGAUAUAUAUAUAUGUUCACUUUUGUUUUCAACAAAAGGCAUGAAUGUUAUGAUCAGUGAUCGAUAUUGACCAUCAUUUAAUCUCUAAUUUUAUUUGCCAUACAAUCAUUCCUCUUGUAUGAUCAAUGAAGAAGAUAUAUUGGUACACAUCGUGCGGUAUAUUUACGUACUGUAUCGAUUUAUUGUUGGUAUUAAUUAGCUAUUAAUCCGGUGCCGAAUACUUGUAUAAGUCU